AUGGAGGACCCUCUUAUUCAAGCACUGCCUCCUGCUACGGACUAUCUAACUUAUCUCACUCUGUUAGAGUAUCAAUUAACCCCAGAACGUCUGCCGCUUUUGCACACUCUCCUGCAAGAUGAGAAGCUCACAACGAAUAUCGGCUGGGACUUGGUCAAGCUACUUCUGCCCAUGCUACCAGCAUCCACAGAAUGUCUCCAGGAUGUGGCUCGACUAGGAAAUCCCCGGGAAGUGAUCUUGCGCGUCUCUGAGUCUCUAAUGCAACUUCAGCCGGAUGAUGAGAACGAAGAUGAGAAGGCUGAUCAGGGACUGCCCCUGCACAUCCUACAAUUCAAUUGCCUUCUCGGUAUGCUCUCGGUACUUCACACACGAAUCCGGACGAAAGUACCGAGUCGUUUUAUUGCAACCUCCCUUCAAGCAGCACUGGAAGCGUAUACCACAAUGUCGACCAAUGAGACCACUCUGGCUUUCCUUGAGUUCUUCCGCGAAGUGUCUCCAUCCAAGCGGCCGGCACCACCUCCUAGAGCUGCUAGCGAGUCGAGCGUGCUGAGGGUUGCCGCUGCCUCAGCUCCAGACCCCGAAGCCGAGGUAUCCUCGCACUCUCCGUCUACUGAAAACGAAUCGCUCCUUGUUCGGAAAUUCAUACAAUUCGGCUUGCUUGAACUGCUGAAGUCUUAUCUUCUGAGUUUCUCUGGUCCAAUGGAUCCAGGGAUGUCGUGGACCAUUCGAAUGCAGGAGCACCUCCAUCCGGAUCUGCGGCUACCCGCCGCCCAAUCACAGACUCAGGCAUACGGAUCGACCAAAGAGCUCAAGGAGCGCGAUAUGAUAAUGGGAAAACUUAUGGCUUUAUCACGAGACGUUGGAAUUGAUAACGAGGAACUCCUGUCAAUCGCAUCCAGAUCCCCCACAGAUCAAGCCGCUCAACUCGACUUCGAUGACCCGCCGACAAAUCCCGAUCAGAUUCCGCUCGAACGCCAUGGCUCACUCCUACUACUAGCGGCUCGGGCUGCUGGCACAACCCUCUUUGCCUCCGGGCAACCGCCCCGUCAGGUAUCUAUCUUCCCUGAGCUGGCUCAGAUAUUUAACAAUUUUGUUGGUGGCCACACCAAUCUCGACGAAGUGGCUUUUGGCCAACCGCAUGCCCUUCUCGACUCCUUGUUGGCUCUGACCGUCUAUGCUUCGCAACACCCCAUCGAAACACCGUCAAGCGAUAUUGAAUUUAAGGAUUUCGUUUUCAUCUUGACUGCCUGCACAGCGCGCCAAACCCACGGCAUCGUUCGCCAAAUCCCGGCCGCAAUUGUACAGAGCCAUCCAUCUCCCGAGAUGCGGUUUAAGCUCAUACACAAGGUCUUGGAAGAUGACCGUCUUGCCUCGGCGCGGGAUAGCGUUAUCGCAUGGCUGAGGCAUGAACUUCUCCGCAGCCCUACCCAAUCUUGCGACAAUAUAUUCCAGGAUCCGCUCUACUUCUGGGCUCUAUUCCCAGCUCUUUUCAAAUCGGUCACUGCCGCCAACUCAGCAUCUGAUCUCGUUGCGAGCUGGUCUCGUCUGACUCAGACUCAAGGUCCACCGCUUCAUUCUGCAUUGAACCUGUACUACUUGCUUCUUUCCUCGCCAUCGCUACGCGACAGGCUUCAUCUCGAGAAGACCUUCAAGUUCUUCCGCGGCCAUGUUCUGAACCCUCUCCGCCAAGUUUUCCGGAGAUUCGAGGAUGAUCUGAUCACCAAAGGAGGCGAGGGUGUCAUCGAAGGUGCGGUUGGAGAGGAAAUGUGCCAGAUUGGCAACGCACGAUCGGUGGGACUCAUCGGUCUUACUCUAGAUCAAAUUGAGGAGACAGCCAGUGAUGUGUUUGGUUCUGAUGAUGCGGAUCUGGGUGAAUUUUCUGAGGCUGAAGAGGCGAAGGCGAGUGAGAUUCGGAAGAAGAUUGAUAUCUGGAAAUAA